AUGAAGCUAUUUUUAUUUGGAUUGCUGUUCCUGGUGACCCCUGUCUCAAGGGCCAUAAUAGAAUACACAAGGAACACAGAAAAUAACUUUCCUGCCACCGUGGAGUUUGCUGUGCACUCAUUCAACCAGGAGAGCAAGGAUGAGUAUGCCUAUAGGCUGGUGCGUGUACUUAAAUCCUGGAUAAAUAAGCCGAGCUACAAGAUUGUGAUGGCGUUUUCCAUGAAACUGAAGUUGCGCCGGACGAAGUGUGGAAAAUUAGAAGAUGACAUUGAAAACUGCCCCUUUCAAGACAGUUUGAAACUGAACAACACCUUUAUCUGCUUCUUCACCAUCAGCACCAAGCCUUGGAAAACAGAGUUUGUCCUCCUGAACAAGACCUGCUCGGAGGAGUUGCCCUAA